AUGGCUGCGUAUCCCUCGGACGAAGAGUAUGCCCAGCUGCAGAAGCUGUCGAGCGAGUACGAGCCCGAGGCUACUGGCCCACUUGUGGGCGAGCGCCAAAGCAGCGCUGCUAUCACGACGCAGUAUGCCACUGCAGAUCCGGUUUACCAAGUCAAGACGGCUGCCCUGCCCGCCAAAUACGCCUACUUCCGCACCUGCCGUGGCGAUGGCCAUUGUGGAUGGCGGGCAAUCGCCUUCACCUACUUUGAGGCUCUGUUGAGCGUGGGCGAUGUCAACAAAUUUGCCGAAGAAGAGGCCCGUCUGAAUUCACUCGGCAACCUGCUCGAUCACAUUGGCUAUUCGCGUGACAUUUGGAUCGACUUUGCUGAGGAGGCAUUUGAGCUCCUCCACAAGCUGGCCAACUCGCUGCGCAACAUGGAUGGCCAGGCCUCCGACAUCCUGCUCCGCACCUUCAACGACAUGGGCGAGUCCAUGGCAAUCAUCACCUAUGUCAAGCUCCUGGCCAGCGCCUGGGUGCAGACGCAUGCCGAUGACUUUGUCCAUUUCAUUGACAACGGGGAUGUCCGAGGAUACUGUGCCAACAACAUCGAGCCCACACAGUGUGAAGCCGACAAUGUCGGCAUUGCCGCUCUCGCCGAAGCCCUAGUCAAGCCGGCAGGUUUCGGCAUCGAGGUGUGGUAUCUGGACCGCUCGCCCGGAGAAGAGAUCAACCGUAGCUUCUAUUCGGAGCCGACAGACGCACACCAUCGUCCAAUCUCCGGUGCUCCCAUGUUGAGGCUGCUCUACAGGCCCGGCCACUACGAUAUCCUGUACAAAGCUGGGGACGUGCCUCAGGCCCAGCAUCCGCCCGUGCCCCAGCAGCAACCACUCCAGGUUGCCCUGGCUAACUACACCGACGAAUUCAUACCGACCGCAACAAACGUCGGCGAUGUCAUGAACAUGAUCCCGGGAGUAUACCCCUCUGGUCUCGGCAUAGGUCAGCGGUGGACUUCAUUGUCAUACGACUUCAGUCCUAGCCCCGCUUCUCACUCGCAGAUUACACCUGUGCAACCCUAUGCUCCAACAACAGCGCCGAUGUCUCCGGUCAGCUCCUCACAUUUGGACUUUGUUGCACCGAUCCACACCAGUAAUGCGAGUCAGUACAACCCAGCGAGCCAUCACAACAUCAAUCUCGAACAACCUCCUGUGACACUCCCCAUACAUCCUCCCCCACCUCCUGUCAGUAUCGAUAGAGCAGCCCCUGUAGGUGUUGAACGAGGUGGCCCUUUCAGGCCAUCCAUGUAUGAACUGGAACCUGGGUUCGGAUCUUCAAUGCAGGUGCAGCCGUUCCAGACAUCCAUCUUUCGCAAUUCUCACUUCAACACCGCGCACUUUAUGAAUCCGGACUUUGAACCCGAACAAUGGUGUCCCGACGGCGAGUACGCUACAGGUAACAAAGGCCGACACAAAUCCCAUUCUUCGUAA